AUGGCCCCUAGUUUUCAUAUGAUAAAAGUUGCAAUUAUAACAUCAAUUGCGGGAUCUUUUCAUUUUGGAUAUAAUUUAGUGUUAACAAAUCCCUCACAAGAAGCUUUUUUGGAUUUUAUGAAUCAAACAUUUGCCAAACAUUUUGAUCAUGGUUUGUCGGACUCAACUUUGCAGGUAGAUAUUAUAUUAAAUAGAUCACGGUUAUUAUUUUAAAUGAAAUAAUGUUUUUCAGAAUAUUUGGAGUUUCGUUGUCGCAAUUCUGUUCCUCGGCGCAUUAGCUGGCUCAUUUUCGAUUCGAUUGAUCGCAGAUUUCAUGGGUAGAAAGAAUGGAUUAUUUGUUUCAAUUGGAGCUGGAAUUAUUGCUGCAGGAAUGUCGAUUUUAUCAAAAUUUAUAGCAGUUUUUGAACUCUAUGUAGCAUCAAGAAUUGUAAUGGGUUGGUCAGUUGCAGUCAGUUUAGGAUUAUCAGCAUUGUUUUUAUCGGAAGCAAGGUAAGGGGACGUUGCAAAGUUGUAAAUUUGAAAAAAAAAACGAUUUCGAAAAAAUGGAUGGCAAUUUUUCUGGAUUCAGAAUUAAUAUUCAUGUGGCUUUUUUGAUUUCCCAAAUUGUGAAAGUUUUAAAAUUAUUUUGAUUCGAUCUCGUUAUCAAAAAUCUUUUUACUAGUACUUCAGUAUUGAGCUUGUGGGAUUCUAGGCUUGAGAUUCUAGGCCUAUGUCUAAGCCUAGACGUGGCCGCUUCGCGGAAGCUUGCGGUCUACACUCGCGGCAGAGCCGCUCGGAGUCAGCUUAGAAAUUCAGAGCUACAGUAAUCCUGACACAAUGUGUGUAGAUUUUUUAAGCUAAAAAUUAAUUUUUAAAAAGUUUCAAAAUUCCAAAUUUACAAAAAUCCCUUGUUUGAAAUCAUAAAACAGCCAUAAAUUUUGUUUUGCAAACAAAAUAUUCUUGACUCUUUUUUCUUACCUCACAAUCAAAUACAAAUUUUUAGUGACGUAAAUACAUAUUUUUUCCAUAAUUUCUGAUUUGUUUUCAGUCCUCGAGAAAACCGCGGAGCAAUCGGAAUGAUGACUGGAACUUGUGUACAAUUGGGAACUGUUAUUGGAUCCGUAAUUGCAAUGCCACAAAUUUUCGGAAAUGACAAUUUGUGGUGGGCAAUUUAUGCAACAGAAAUUGGAAUAAUGAUUGUUUUCGGAAUUUGUUUAUUAUUUUUCCCGGAAUCUCCCGGAUUUUUGAUACAAAAAGGGAAACGAGAGAGAGCAAUCUCGUCAAUCGCCUAUUUUUAUCAAUGUGAUAGCGAAAAAGCUUUGCUGUUUUUAGAGGAGAUUAUAGAAGAGCAAAAGAGUUCGAAAAAGUGAGCAGAUUAAUGAAAAGCUUAUGUUAGAAAUUAAAAUUUUUUCAGGAAAUUCACAAUGAUGGAUUGUAUUCGAAAAGAAUCACUGAGAAGUAAAGCAUUUAUUGGAGUUGUUGUUACGUUUGCGAUGUCAUUUAGUGGAGUUGCAGUCAUAAAUGCGUUUGCUUUUGAGAUUUUGAGAAAUACUGGGCUCACACAACUUGAAGCAUCUUUGGCAAAUGAUGGAAUUUCAGUUGUUAGCAUGGUAGGUUUUAAACAUCUAAAUAUGAGGAGGGGAAAAUAA